UACGGAAGAUUCAGUUGGCGACAUUGUAUGUAAAAGAUCACGUUUUCUGCAAGUCGUAUGGAAUUGGGUGCUGUGAAAAUAGUUAUAUUGUAAAAUGACAAUGGCAGAAGAUACUUCGAUUGAUAUAUGUUUAAAUAUUAAUGCUUCUCCUCCAAAACGGGAGGAUGCACGUAAGGCAAAGGAGCUAAAGAGGAAGCUUGAUGGCACAAGUCCUGUUGAACCUGCCAUUGCUUCAAAGAGACAGAGACCAUCUGUGAGGGAGAAGACAGCUGAAGAGAACAUUGAUUCAAAGCCACAGGGAUGGAUUUCCUCGUUGUUUGUCAACAAUCCGGACAUCCCUGCAUUUGCCCACCGUGUUGUGAAACCAGUCUUGGAGCCUGUCUUCUCUUCACAGAGUUUCAAAGAUCUGUCAAUACAUCCCUUCACAGUGUCCAACCUGGAUCAGAACCUGGGCCUGCAGAAGCUUACGACCGUGCAGCAUAAGGCCAUGCCUGUGAUUCUGUCUGGUAAAGAUGCGUUGGUCAGGUCUCAGACUGGGAGUGGCAAGACGUUGGCAUUUGCACUGCCAAUUGUUGAGGCUCUGCAGGCCGUGAGGCCUAAAAUAUCAAGGGCAGAUGGAGUUCAGGCUGUUGUAGUGGUGCCAACCAGAGAGCUGGCUCUGCAGACGUACGAGUGGUUUGUCAAAUUGGUGAAGCCAUUCACGUGGAUUGUUCCUGGAUACCUCGUUGGUGGGGAGAAGCGCAAGGCAGAGAAAGCUCGUUUAAGGAAAGGCAUCACUGUGCUGAUUGGUACGCCUGGACGUCUGCUGGACCAUGUUCAACAUACAAAAUCGCUGCAGUUCGAUAAAGUUGGCUGGCUUGUUGUGGAUGAAGCAGACAGAUUGUUUGACAUGGGCUAUGAGAAGGAUGUUGCCAGUCUGAUCGAGGCGCUUGAUUCACAGCAGAGGGGAAGUCGUCAGACAGUGCUGCUGUCUGCAACAUUGUCAAGUGCUGUGGAGAGGCUUGCAGGUUUGACACUGAAGUCUCCAGUGUUUGUUGAUGCUGCGGGCGAUGAGUCCCUAGCAAAUGACAUGGUGAUCCCAGAGAGCUUGACGCAGUUCUAUGUUCUGACGCCCGCCAAACUAAGAUUGGUGACGUUGUCUGCCUUCAUCAUUUGGAAAUGCAACAUGAGCAGUCAGCGCAAGAUGCUGAUAUUUUGCGCAACACAAGAUAUGGUGGACUUCCAUACUGAGCUCCUGGCACUGGUGUUGGGUGAAUCUGACCAGGUGGAUUUUGAGUUCUUCAAACUGCAUGGCAGUAUGACCCAGCAGGAACGAACGGAUGUGUUUAAAACAUUUCGAGCCGCUGACUCCGGUGUUCUUCUCUGCACGGACGUGGCAGCAAGGGGUCUGGACUUGCCCCAUGUGGACUGGAUAGUGCAGUUCACAGCUCCUUCUACCGUCGAAGAUUAUGUCCACCGAGUGGGUCGCACCGCUAGGGUAGGCACGGCCGGAGCUGCACUGCUAUUUCUGACGCCGAGUGAGGUUCCGUUCAUUCGGCAGUUGGAGGACCGACGUAUCAGGUUGCAAGAACAGACGAUGGACGUCUGUUUGAAGAAACUGCGAGAUGCUCACAGUGGCCCGUCUGUGGAGGCAACUGCGACUGGGCUUCAAGCACGCUUUGAAACCGCGGUAUUGGAACAGACGCGGUUGCAUGACCUGGCCUGCAAGGCCUACGUGUCCUGGGUUCGGUUCUACGCGAGCUACCGGAAGGACGCUAGGACAGCGUUCAACUUUAAGCAGGUUCAUCUAGGUCACUACGCGAAGAGCUUCGCCCUCAGGGAUCCUCCGUCCGCCAUCGGGGGAAUUGGACGCCAGCAGUGGCAGCGGAACAGAGCUAGGACGCCACGCGAUAAAAAGAGAUCCAACUCUGGGCUCGAACAGGGGUACUCAACGGCGACACAUUUGGUGACGUCAGAGUUCUCCAGCGGACUGGAGUCUGUCCGCAAAAAGAGACGCAAAGGGAAGUUGUGAAAUCAAUAAAGUGGCUUGAGCCAUAAA